AUGUUGGGCGCAAGUUCAAUAACCUACUGGAUCUCCUGGUUCGUGACUUUCGCCUUCAUGUUUGCUGUUUCCUCGGUGAUUCUUACGGCAGCCCUGUGUGUUGACUUUGGCGUUGGCGGUCGGAUGCUCAAUCUUUCAGACCCCAGCAUCAUCUUUUGUUGCAUUUUCCUCUAUUCCCUCAGCCUACUUGCCUUUAUUCUGGCUCUCUCAACUCUAUUUUCCUCACGUGCUGGACUGCACUGGUCUUCUCUGUCAAAACAAGUCUCCUCCGAUGAUAUGCUGCGAGUAGACAUGAUUUGGAUAGUCCUUUUCAUCGAUAUCAUCCUGUACACCUUCGUAGCCUGGUACGUGGACAACGUGUUCCCAGGAAAGUUUGGCAUUCCCAAACCCUGGUACUUCCCCCUUCGGGUAAGUCUCCUUCCACCUUAA